UAGCAACCAACUGCACGUCACACAACAAUUCCAGACCAAUUGACCAAACAUCACAACCCAAACAAGAACAACCCAUCAACCAUUGAACCAGCCAGAGAAGAAAGAUCUACACCCACCACCAUGUCUGUAACACUCCACACAACACUCGGCGAUCUCAAGAUUGAGAUCUUUUGCGAAAGCGUCCCCAAAACAGCAGAAAACUUCCUAGCACUCUGCGCCUCCGGAUACUACAACGCUUCCCCCUUCCACCGUAUGAUCCCCUCCUUCAUGGUGCAAACCGGCGCACCCGCCAACCCUUCCCCGCCCGAGAACCCCAAGGGCGGCCGGUCCAUUUACGGCCCGACCUUCGAAGACGAGAUCCGGCCAGUGCUGCGACACAACGAGCGGGGCAUCGUCAGCAUGGCCAACAAGGGGCCCAACACCAACGGAUCUCAAUUCUUCAUUUUGUUCGACAAGGCCCCGCAUCUGGACGGGCUGAACACGGUGUUCGGGAAGUUGAUUGGAGACGAGAGCUUGCAGACGCUGGCAAAGCUGGAGGGAUUGGAGGUGGAUAAGAAGAAUCGGAUCAAGGAGGAGGUGAGAAUCGAAAGGGUUACGGUGCAUGCUAAUCCGCUGGCCAAGUGAAGAGAUGAAAAACUGGGAUUGGAGCUGGAGGUUGGGACGAAGACACGCCGGGCCAGCCAGUCGACAUCAAUUAUCCGAGACUGAGAGGGAAGCCGGAUUCGGGAAGAAAUCGAGUACCGACAUACCACACGGCGUGCCGCUCACAGAAGCGAACGAGACGGGGAAGGAUAAUCAAGCGGACAGCGACCGAAGUCGGAAACCAAACGGCGAAAACGCUCUUACGCAACCGCACACACCACACCACCACACCAACCCUCAUUGGCCUCACACACCCCGACAAUAAUACAUCCCUCAACAUCUGUUGUCCACUCGCGCUGUCUAAUCUCCCCACGCCGCGCCCUGUAUCGAAAGUAUCGAACUGUCGGAAGGGAGCAAGCGGCGGAGAAGUACUACACAGUACGCGCGUGCGGCGUGCAAGGUGCAAAAUGGCAGGAAUCUUGACCACUUGGUCGGCUAUCACGGCUGUAGUAGGGUAGACACCAAGGAGGGAUAUGAUGAUGAUGUUGAUGAUGACGACGAUGAUGACACCCCAGACGGCACAACUCACCUCGCACCACAGUUCCUCUCACUCUUACCUUCUCUCUGGCGCUCCCACAUCUCUCUGGCUCUCCCAUCGGACUAUUAAUCAGCCGGCGAGGAAGGGUGGUUGUGUAACAUUCCAACGUCAGCCGUCGUGGUUUUGGUUGGUAUCGGAGGCCUCUGUCAUGGCUAUGCCUUUAUACGACCACGAUGCGGCUGGCGGCUUCAGUUGUGGAUGAACUUGCGACGAUGAAAGUUAUGACGAACAACGUCUUGAUGCGGUUUUAUACGACCUAAGCUGUGCUAUGCUUUGAUAAGCCCAGCAAAGCAAAGCAAAGCUAAGCUAAGCAAUAGACUUUAUGAUUUUCAGAAGAGCUAGAAGGACUAGGAGUGCUAGAAGGGAUCAAUAUUUCCACCAAAGUCACACCACAGAGACAAAUUGUAUAGCUACCUAGUAUGGUAGUGAGGAAUACUUGGUCACAAAUCCCUGAACAAGUAGCAAAUGAUACAAGGGUCAAAUAGUGAAUAUGAAGUGUGUGAUCACCACACAAAACCCGGAUUUUCAUCCAUCCAUAAAAUCUAAAUAAGAUAGAUAAGUAGUACACACACAGGGACCGAACCAGAACCAGAAAUAAGAGUAGAGAGUAUAUGUGACCUUCACCACACUCCAAGUAGGUGAAUAAUAAUAAAAGUGAUAAAGAGAAAUAAAGGAAAGCGUACCGUUGAGACAAAGUAAUAAGAUAACCGAUCCUUCUCUUCUUCUUUCUCUACCCACUCAAUCACUCACUCUAGUACCUUACACGGUUAUUUUACUACUGUAUCCCUUUUCUUGCUGUAAGCCGUCCGUGACCGACCGACGGACCAACUCCUCAUGCACCGGCACCGAUUUAACCACCCAGCGAUAUCAUCAUUUUUUUUUUUUUUU